AAAAAAAGGACCCACCACACCCAUGUGCUUCUCCUUCCCUGUCUCCACCAGCUCCCUCCCUCCUCCUCCUCAAUCAUUUGCUUCUUCUCUCACUGUUAAGUACAAAAAAUUAUAAUACUAAAAGAGAGAAGAACAACCCCAGAUCGCAACCAAACCAUGUCUAUUCACAACAACAACAACAACGGAGUUAUGAUCUCCUCAUCAUCAAACGGAUCAGCUUUAAUCGAACAGCAACAACAGUCUUCUUCAGUCGUGGUGAAGAAACCACCUGCGAAAGAUCGACACAGCAAAGUCGAUGGAAGAGGGAGAAGGAUCCGUAUGCCUAUUAUAUGCGCAGCUCGUGUGUUUCAGCUAACAAGAGAGCUUGGUCACAAAUCAGAUGGUCAAACUAUUGAAUGGUUACUUCGUCAAGCUGAGCCUUCUAUUAUAGCUGCGACAGGAACUGGUACAACUCCUGCUAGUUUCUCUACUGCUUCUGUCUCAAUCCGUGGAUCCAACAAUUCUACUUCUUUGUCUUCCUCUCUUCUUGAUCAUAAACCCACCACUUUACUUGGUUCCUCUUCACCGUUUAUACUUGGGAAACGUGUCAGAGCUGAUGAGGAUAAUCAUAAUCACAAUAAUAAUAAUAGUUCCGGUGGUAAAGAUGAGAGCUUUACGACGACGACGCCAGCUGGGUUCUGGGCUGUUCCGGCGAGGCCUGAUUUUGGACAAGUUUGGAGCUUUACAGGAGGAGGAGCUCCAGUACAAGAGAUGUUUUUACAACAACAACAUCAUCAUCAUCAUCAUCAACAACCUUUGUUUGUUCAUCAUCAUCAGCAACAACAACAACAAGCUGCAAUGGGUGAAGCUUCAGCUGCUAGAGUUGGGAAUUAUCUUCCGGGUCAUCUUAAUUUGCUUGCUUCUUUAUCCGGUGGAUCUCCUGGGUCGGGUCGAAGAGAUGAAGAUCCACGUUGAUGGUGUUUGUUUAACAAGUUAAGCCCCUUUUAGUAGGUUUCGAGGGCUAAUUUGGUAUAUAUAUAUAUAUAAAUAUUUAUUUAUCUUAUUCGUCAUUUGUUGUGUGUGUUCUUGAAGAUUGAUUUUGUUUCAGAAUCUUCGUCAAGUGAUUUGAGAGUAUCGUUUAGCCUUAAGUAUUGUUUUUUUGAUUAGGGUUAAAUUAGGGUUUAAGAAUGUUUUUUUUUGGAGGAAGAUUACUUUUGUUUAGAACAAAAGGGAAAAUUUCAGAAACCGCGGAGGUUUCGUUUUGUCCUUUUGUUGUUGUUGUUGUUGUUGUUGUUGUUCUGUCUGGUUUGUUUUCCGGCGAAACAGAGCCGUCGUUAAAUUCCAGAUAUAUUAUGUGUUUGGUGCUAAUUUGUGUAAUGAUGUGUUUACAAUUGUGGUGAAGCAUUUGGCGUAAGCUGUUAAACCACAGUUUAUAUAUUUUUAAUAAAUGUUUUCGACUUCAUUA